AUGGCGCCCGAGUCAAAGAAAGAAAAGGCGCCGAAAAGGGUCAACCUUUUGGACGACAGCGACUCAGACGAGGAGGAUGGAGGGGCAGACAUCGCGACGCCGCAGCUGAAGGUCAACGAGGAGUACGCGAAGCGCUUCGAGCACAACAAGAAGCGCGAGGAACUACAAAGACUGGAGGAAAAGUACAAGAAAACCGGCAAAGGUAACGACGACGACGACUCAGACGCCGACUCGUCUUCGUCGGACGAGACCGAGGACGAAGAGGGGUUCCUCGCGACGGAAGACCUAGACGCCCAAAUUUCGGCCACGCUCAGCGCGAUCAAGAACAAGGACCCGAGGGUGCUCGACAAGAACUUCUCCUUCUUCCAGGAAGCCGCCGCCGCCGAGGCGACGCCCUCCAAGAAGAAGGAGAAGCCUCUGUUCCUCAAGGACUACCACCGCGAAAAGAUUCUGGCCGGAGGCGUCGGAGCCUCGGACGACGAGGACGAAGACGGCCCGCCGCCGCCGCAGACGUACAACCAGGAGCAGGACGCCCUCAAGAAGUCCAUUGUCUCGGAGAUCAACAAGGCCGCCGAGUCGGACAACGAAGAUGACUUUGUGCAGCGGAAGCCGGGACAGGAAGUCGUGCAGCCGGUGGACCUCGGCGACGAGGGCAUCCACCCGGCGCGCGCGGCCAAUGUCAACCCGUACAAGAAGAAGACCAAGAAGCAGAUCACCGAGGAGGACAUCGCCAAUGCCGAAAAGGACCCGGAGCUCUUCCUGUCCAACUUCAUGGCGGCGCGCGCUUGGACCGAGGGCGGAGAGCACAACUGGAAGGCGUUCGAGUCAGACGAGGGCGAGGGCGACGAGGGCGAGCUGUACGACAAGUUCGAGGAGGCCUACAACCUCCGCUUCGAGGACCCGGACAAGGCCAACCAGGCCCUGAAGACGUACUCGCGUGAGAUUGUCAGCGCGCGGUCGGUCCGCAAGGAGGCGGCCAGCUCGCGCAAGAAGCAGCGCGAAGCCGAACGGGAGCGCAAGGAGGCGGAGAAGCAGCAGCGCAAGGAUGAGAAGGCGCGCCUGCGCAAGCUCAAGCUCGAGGAGGCCGAGGAGAAGCUCAAGAAGAUCAAGCACGCGGCGGGCGUGAGCGGCAAGGAGCUCAAGGACGAGGAGUGGCUGCGUUUCCUCAACGACGCGUGGGACGACGACAAGUGGGAGGACGAGAUGAAGCGCCGGUUCGGUGAGGACUACUACGCCGUGGCCGAAGGCGCCGGCUCCGACUCGGAAGAGGACGCGGACGCGGAGGACGGCGACGACGACAAGAAGCGGAAGAAGAAGAAGAAGCCCAAGAAGCCCACAUGGGACGACGAUAUCGACAUCAAGGACAUCAUCCCUGACUUUAAGGACGUUACGGAACACCCACAAAUCACCCUCUCGGACGACGAAACAGCAGCGGCGGCAGCAGCAGCCGCCGCGGCCGCGGAAGAGCAAGAAGACGACGACGACGAAGAUGAAGAUGGACGCCCGUCCAAGAAGCGCAGGACGACAAAGGACCUCAAGAAGGAACGCCUGGACGCCAAAAAGGCCGCCAAGGCGGAGCGCGCCAAGCUCGAGGCCCUCGUGGACGCCAAGAUGGACCUCGACAUCCCCGCGUCCUCGUCGUCCAGGAACGCCGGCGGCGCCGACGGCGAGGUGCCGGCCUUCCGGUACCGCGAGACGUCGCCCCAGGCCUUUGGCAUGACGGCGCGCGACAUCCUGCUGGCGCCCUCGGACGCGGCGCUCAACAGCUUCGCCGGCCUCAAGAAGCUCGCGACGUUCCGCGACGAGGACAAGAAGCGCAAGGACAAGAAGCGCCUCGGCAAGAAGGCCCGCCUCCGCCAGUGGCGCCGGGAGCACUUUGGCCAGGAGUACGAGCGCACGGGGCCGACCUUUGGCCUCGACGAGGUCGAGGUCAAGGAGAAGAAGAGCCGGAAGCGGGGGAAGCGUGCGGCCGGCGGCGGCGGCGGCGGCGGCGACGGCGAGAGGGCCGAGGAGAACGCCGACGACGGCGGCGCCGCGCUGGACGGCGAGAGCAAGAAGCGCAAGAGGUCGAGGGGGAAGAAGAAGGCCGACGGCGUCGCCGAGGAGUGA